CAUUCAUCUAAGCUCGCUCACUACCGCGAUAUCACUUAAAACAUUUCUUUCCGCUACCCGAGCUGUUGACCUAAGACAUUGUAUCCUGUCACCGUAAGAGUCUCCUCAGAGGUCAGCGCAGUGAGGGAACAAAGUUCAACAAACUAUAUCCGGCAAGUUGUGAACCUCUUUGGUCCAGCCUUCACCCAUGAGGCCAUUAUCAGCUUGUGGUGCUUGUCGCGAGCGCCGAAAAAAAUGUAGACGUGCCAGCCAAGGUUCAAGUUGCUACUUUUGCAUCAAACGAGGCAUGGACUGCUCUAUCGAACAAAGUCCACCCAUAAGAAACAUGAAGGGCUAUGAAAUCCUCGAGGAAAGCCCAGACGGUGGCCCCCUUUGCCUGUUGAAUUCUGUCAUAGACGAGGCGCUUUCAUCUGAGCUGGUUGGCCUCUACUUUCGCUACAUUCAUGUUGCUUUCCAUGACAUUUUUCAUCAGCCAUCUUUCGAAAAAGCCGUGAGAGAUAGAACCAUUCCAAAAAUAUUGUUCCUGGGGGUAAUCAGCUUGUCUGCUCGGUUUUCGUCACAUCCUACCUUUGCAGGCAUUGAGCCGUCGGAGCGAGGGCGACCAUACGCGAAAGAGGCUGAAAAAUCAAUGGACCUUCGGAACAUGUCCCUUACCACAAUACAGGCAUGCAUGUUAAUGUCAGCCGCCUCUAUAGUUGAAGGAAAGGUCGGCGAGGAGUCCGUCUUCCUCAGUGUUGCUUGUCGCAUGGCCAUGCUGUUAGACCUUCCAAAUGCUGUGAGUCCCUGUUACCUAGAGAAUUGGCUGUUCAGGUAAUUCGAGCGUGAAGUCUUUGCUGCCAACGAGGAAACUUAUGCACAUGUCUUCGAAGCUUUAAAACUCAG